AUGCGGCAAUGUACAGAGGAUCGCCAAACUAGUGACGCGUGCAUGGUCGACAUUUGCGUUGAAGAAUUCCGAUGGAAGCAAGCAUCAACAAGCAUGGAUAUUGCUAAUGUCACCGAAGAUCUCGACUUAUUCGGUUGGGAAUGGAUCCAGAAGAUCCCAGAACUAGUGAAACCACUGCAAAAGUACAUCAGUGAAACUGCUUGUACGUCAAGAGAAGGUAAAAAAUUGAAGGACUACUGGCACGGUUUUAUACCGAAUGAAGACACUGCCUUGAUUCUUAAAGACGACGGUGAUUUCUUGGUACGGUCAUUGAUGGUAGAGAACAAACCGAUCUGUAUCUCUGUGAGAGAAGGUGAAAAGGUUUACAACGCAAUAGUGAAUCGAAGUGAGGCCGGUGUCUAUGAAAUUGCCGGUUUUGAGUACAAUUCGAUCAAAGAAAUGGUAGAUGAAUUACAGGUUAGCACCGAUAAUUUAUCCUUUUUUUAA